GUGGCGAUUAUACUGAGUCUCCGGGUGCAGCGGACGCGCUGUCAGUUUCAGCGCGAGAUGCGGCUGCAGGGGAGACACGCUGCUUAUCAGACAGGGCAUUUCUGACCACACAUUGUCCCUGCUUGACGAGGAAUAAGCCAUUGAUUCCAGGAAUUAAAACCUGAGUUCGGAACUGCAAUGUUGCCGAUGGUCGGGAAAUUGGCGUUAAUAAUGAUGUGCUUGGCGUUGCCGGGACUGAGACAGGCAGCCGGCACUUAUAGAUGGAAUACUACAGAGGGAUACAAUCUCACCACCCUGCUAGACUUCCUAAAUAACACCAGCUUUCAGGAGGAGAUUUCAACUGCUACGGAAAGCUCAUUUGCAACAUCAACAGUACCUUCUACUAUUGUAACAACACAGUCCACUACCAUUACACCUACCACCGACCGGGAAUGGGAAGAAUUACAAGAGUAUAAAUGUAACUGCAGUAUUGUUGGAAGCAUCAAUGAAUCUCUGUGUAACACAUCAUCAGGGCAAUGUGAUUGUCUACCUGGAUACUUCGGUCUACAAUGCAGUGACUGUGCAGAAGGGUUUUACCGCAGCACCAUUAAUGGACAGUGCACUCUGUGUGGAUGUAAUGACACAGGAGCAGCAAACUCCCAAUGUGACAGAUGCACAGUGGAUUCUGGCAGCUUCAUCUCAAUGAGGACUCCCAGCCCCUCACCACACUCAUUACCCACUUUGGCAGACUCUGUUCCCACCGCCUGCUCUUUGGGAUCACAUCAGCACCAGAGAUAUUCCAGCAUACAAUGUCAGACAUUUUGCGGGGCUGUCAGGGUGCAGCAAAACCGCUUUGCAGUUAUAGAUGACCAUCUGGUCUAUGACCAAUGGCUGGCCAUCCCUGCUUUCCUGCAGCUAGAUGUCCUUCAAAAAAUACAUCAGGGUCACCUGGGCAUCACUAAGUGCAGGACCCAGGCCCAAUCCACCGCCCUGUGUCCAGACAUCUCCAAGGCGAUACAAGAGACCAUUGCGAGUUGCCAGGUUUGUGCACUGUGCCGGCAGGAUCAAAGGGAACCCCUCACCCCCAUGCAAUUCCCUCACAGGCCCCGGGAGAGGCUGGACAUAGACCUGUUUGUCUACAAUAGCAAAUCCUUCCUGAUAGUGGUGGACGACUUUUCCAGGUGGCUGGAGGUAAAGCAACUUUAUACGACUACCACAGCGACAGUCUUCAAAGCGCUAAAAGAUAUGUUUGUGAACCACGGCAUCCCGGAUGAGAUCAUGCCUGAUAAUGACCCACAGCUCUCCAAGGCAUACUUCACAUGCUUCCAUCACCGCACCAGCUCUCCAAGUACUGAAAAAUGCUUUUGCAAAGAUGGGGUGUCUGGCCUGAAAUGUAACCAGUGUCAAAUCUUACACUACAAGUUCAGUGAAGCUGGGUGUAGACCCUGUCAAUGCAACAACCUCUCAAAAGCAUGUGACCAUAUAACUGGCAUCUGUUUAAACUGCACUGGAAAUACCAAAGGACAUUAUUGUGAGAAGUGCAAGGAUAGUUUCUACAGGAAGCCUGGAGCCAACCAUACAGCUGUGUGUGAGCGUUGCCCUUGCUCAGUAGUGACAUCCAGUGGAAGCUGUCAUAUAGUGUCAGGCGAAGCAGUUUGUGACCAGUGCAACCCUGGUUACUUUGGCUCCAACUGUGAUGAGUGUGCUGAUGGGUACUACAAUUCAGACAGCAUCUGUGUGCGGUGUGAAUGCAACAACAACACCGACGUAGACAGCAAGCAACCGAUUUGUGACUCUGAAUCUGGGCGGUGCCUGAGCUGCACAUUAAAUACAACGGGCUUCAACUGUGAAAAAUGUGCGGAAGGGUAUGUAGGAGAUCCCAUGGCAAGGAACUGCCAAAUAGAAGUAACUACAGUGCCGACAAUAGCCUCCACUCCAACACCCACAUCUUCAACUACCAGCACAACAAUAUCAUCGUCAACUGUGGUUACAAACAGUACGUUAAGUGCAAAGACCCAGACAUUCCUGUCAACUUUAUUGAGCACAUCUCAAAGCACAGUGAGCACAGCCGAACCUAUGACACCAGAAAUAUCAUGGACUCAGUUUAACAUCGCAGUACUGGUGGUUAUUAUCGCUGUGGUGGUCCUUCUCAUGGGUUUUGUGGCAGGUGUCUAUGUUUACCGGGAGUACCGAAACCGGAAGCUAAAUGCUCCGUUCUGGACAAUAGAGCUCAAAGAGGAUAAUAUAAGCUUCAGUAGUUACCAUGACAGCAUCCCCAACGCUGACGUUUCGGGGCUGCUGGAGGAUGAUGUCACUGAAGUGGUUCCGAAUGGACAGCUGUCUCUUUCAACGCCAAUGAACUCGUACAAGAUAUAAAAAAAAAACAAAAAAAAAUCACUAAAACAUAGGAUUGGAGAAAGAACAACA